AUGCGCAGAUCACUGGCUGGCCUCACUUUCACACAUUUACGUCCCUCGAGUCCAAGAUCGCUGCUAUUCAUGUCAUCCUCAUUACCUUCCUCUGCCGGUAAGAAACCAAAACAGGCUACUUUGGCUAGGUUCUUCACGUCCAUGAAGAAUAAGCCGCCAGGAGGCUCUUCGUCUCCUGAGAAGGCCACCAAACACAAGCUUGAAAGUGGCAUAAACGGGAUUAAUAGUGAAGGAGCGUCUGCUAUAAAGAAACUGAAGCAUGUGUCGGCCGUGCAAACGCCGGUGGAGCCGUCUGAUAUGAGUAGCAACAACUCUUCUCUACCGUCAUCUGCUCCCUCUUCUAGCGGUGUUGAUGCGUCGCAAAAAUCUCGGGAGCUCACUCCCAAGGUCGAAGAAGAACAGGGCCCGAUUGAGAAUGACCACUACUCAUCCAAUAUCCCCUAUUCCGAAGUCUGUGAAGUCUUCAAUGAGAUCGAAGCCACCUCUUCUCGGUUGGAAAUUAUUAGGAUAUGUUCCGACUUCUUUACAAAGAUAAUGAAGCAAUCAUCUAAGAAUUUGAUACCUACCACAUAUCUUUUUAUCAAUAGGUUGGGCCCCGAUUAUGAGCCUGGUUUGGAAUUGGGCCUUGGUGAAAAUCUUUUAAUGAAAACAAUCAGUGAAUCCUGCGGCAAAUCAAUGAGCCAAAUUAAACUAAAAUACAAGGAAAUCGGAGAUUUGGGUGAAAUAGCUAUGGGCGCGAGAAACGUUCAACCCACAAUGUUUAAGCCGAAACCCUUAACUGUAGGCGAGGUCUUUAAAAGUCUACGAAGUAUUGCAAAGACCCAGGGUAAAGAUUCGCAACUGAGAAAAGUCAAGCUUAUCAAAAGAAUGUUAACCGCAUGCCAGGGUGUAGAGGCUAAGUUUUUGAUUAGAUCCUUAGAAUCAAAACUAAGAAUAGGUCUUGCUGAAAAAACAGUGUUGAUAUCUUUAUCCAAAGCACUUUUACUUCAUGGUGGAAAUGAGGAAAGUUCUCGUGUUGAUGAUAUCCCCAUGGACGCCUUGGAAAGUGCUCAACAAAAAAUCAGAGAUGCAUUUUGUCAAGUACCAAAUUAUGAGCUCGUCAUCAAUUCAUGCUUGGAACAUGGUAUCAUGAAUCUGGACCAAUUUUGUACUUUAAGACCAGGAAUUCCAUUGAAACCGAUGUUGGCUAAACCCACAAAGGCAAUCAAUGAAGUUUUAGACAGAUUCCAAGGUGAAACUUUUACGUCGGAAUACAAAUACGACGGGGAAAGGGCCCAAGUACAUUUGUUAGAUGAUGGUACGAUGAGAAUCUACUCCAGAAACGGUGAAAAUAUGACUGAAAGAUAUCCAGAAAUCAGAAUCACAGAUUUCAUUCAAGAUAUAGAUGCCACCAAGAAUUUGAUCCUGGACUGUGAAGCUGUAGCUUGGGACAAAGAACAAGGGAAGAUUCUACCAUUCCAAGUUCUAAGUACAAGGAAACGUAAAGACGUGGAAUUGAGUGAUAUCAAAGUAAAAGUCUGUCUCUUUGCAUUUGACAUCCUUUGCCACAACGGUGAGAGAUUGAUCAAUAAAUCUUUGCGAGAAAGAAGAGACUGCUUAACUAAAGUUACGAAGGUUGUUCCUGGGGAAUUCCAAUACGCCACUCAAAUAGUAACGGAUAAUCUCGAUGAACUGCAGAAGUUUCUCGACGAAUCCGUCAAUCAAUCAUGCGAAGGUUUAAUGGUCAAAAUGCUUGAAGGUCCUGAAUCACAUUAUGAACCAAGCAAAAGAUCAAGAAAUUGGCURAAGUUGAAAAAAGAUUACUUAGAAGGUGUCGGAGAUUCCUUGGAUCUUUGCGUCAUAGGGGCAUACUAUGGCAGAGGUAAAAGAACAGGCACGUAUGGCGGGUUCCUUUUAGGCUGUUACAAUCAAGAUUCGGGAGAAUUUGAAACCUGUUGCAAAAUCGGGACAGGAUUUUCUGAUGAAAUGUUGCAGCAACUUCAUGAAAGAUUAACCCCUACGAUAAUCGAUGGACCAAAGGCCACGUUUGUUUUUGAUUCCAGUGCUGAACCAGACGUAUGGUUUGAACCCACGACUCUGUUUGAAGUACUGACGGCAGAUCUUUCCCUAUCACCCAUUUAUAAAGCCGGGAGCGCAACUUUCGAUAAAGGUGUUUCGUUAAGAUUUCCUAGGUUUCUACGUAUAAGAGAAGAUAAGGGUGUCGAAGAUGCCACUUCUUCAGAACAAAUUGUGGAAUUGUACGAAAACCAGUCUCAUAUGCAAAAUUAG